UUUCAAAGCUCUGUAAAAAUGGCACUCCCAACUCUUGCUCAUCUUCUCCAACUGAUCAUCAUUCUUUCUGCUGCUACUUCUCACACAAAUGCAAUCGACAGAUCCACCUACAUUGUCCAUAUGGACAAGUCCUACAUGCCCAAGGCCUUUCCUACCCACCACCACUGGUACACCUCCGUCCUUGACUCCACAACACCAAAAUCCACCCAAAAUCUUAUCUAUGUCUACGACACUGCUUUAACGGGUUUCAGUGCUUUGCUCUCUGAAGCUGAACUGAACUCCCUUAGAAAGUACCCCGGUUUUGUUUCAGCUUAUGCUGACAAAAUUGUCACUCUUCACACCACUCACACCUUUGAGUUCCUCUCCCUCAAUCCUGUGGCAGGACUAUGGCCGGCUUCGAAUUACGGUCAAGAUGUCAUCGUUGGUGUCAUUGACACCGGGGUGUGGCCAGAGAGCAGGAGCUUCAAUGAUGAUGGAAUGACCAAAGUGCCCAAAAGAUGGAAGGGGAGGUGCCAAGGAGGUCAAGAUUUCAAUUCUUCCUUAUUUAACUCCAAGCUCAUUGGAGUUAGAUACUUCAACAAGGGCGUCAUGGCAGCAAAUCCUAACACUACCACUACCAUGAUCAACUCGGCCAGGGAUACUGCUGGGCAUGGGACACACACUUCCUCCACAGUUGCCGGAAACUAUGUUGAAGGCGCAUCCUACUUUGGCUAUGCUUCCGGGACUGCAAGAGGGGUUGCACCACGUGCUUGGGUGGCCAUGUACAAGGUCUGCACGAGCAAUUACGAAGAAUGCUACACCUCCGAUUACCUUUCUGGUAUGGACCGUGCCGUUGCUGAUGGGGUCGACACGAUGUCGAUUUCGAUGGGUUUUACUUCAUUUGGAGCCAUGGAGAAAGGUGUGUUUGUGUCUACUGGAGCGGGAAAUGAUGGCCCCUCUCUUGGGUCAUUAUACAAUGGAAUCCCAUGGGUCUUAACCGUCGUUGCCAGUUCAAUUGACCGUUCUUUUGCCGGGACUGUGACUCUUGGCAAUGGGCUAACCAUCAAUGGAUGGACCAUGUUCCCUGCAAGUGCCUUGGUUAAUGACCUCCCUCUCAUUUACAACAAGACGCUGUCACAUUGCAAUUCAACUGGGUUAUUGUCUAAUCCCCCUUAUGAUGGCAUCAUCAUAUGUGAUAUCGACACUGUAGAUUCUCUCUACGACGUUGAGACUCGGUCAAAAGCGACCUCAGCCAUCUUCAUCUGCGAUGAUCCACUAUUAGCCGAGUUUCAAGAAUUUUUUUAUCCGGGAGUUGUGAUUGGCUCAAAAGAUGCAGAGGUAGUGAUCAUAUAUGCCAAAAGGUCUAAGAAGCCUAAGGCAAGCAUAAAAUUCCAACAAACCAUUUUGGGGACAAAGCCUGCACCUGUUGUUGCUUCCUACACUUCAAGGGGUCCUGCACAGAGCUAUCCCGGCAUCCUGAAACCGGAUUUAAUGGCGCCAGGGUCACUAGUCUUAGCAGCUUGGCCUCCCAAUAGACUUGCAACCUAUAUUGGUUCGAAUAUAGAUUUGUCUAGUGAUUAUAAUCUUCACUCUGGGACAUCCAUGGCGUGUCCUCACGCUUCUGGCGUGGCUGCUCUCCUAAAAGGCGCUCAUCCAGAAUGGAGUCCAGCUGCUAUAAGGUCCGCCAUGAUGACCACGGCGAACCCACUGGAUAACACUCUGAAUCAUAUUCGAGACCUUGGUUUGGACCUCGAAAAUGCCUCACCUCUAGCUAUGGGGGCAGGACAGGUUGAUCCAAACAGGGCACUUGACCCCGGUCUUAUAUAUGAUGUGAGUCCACAUGACUAUGUGAAUCUCCUCUGCUCGAUGAAUCUCACCAAGGCACAAAUCCUAACCAUUACAAGAUCAAACAAUUACACUUGCUCCAGCCCUUCUGAGGAUCUGAAUUAUCCAUCAUUUAUUGUUUUGUACACUAACAAAACAACAAUGAUCACUCGAACAUUUCAGAGAACAGUGACAAAUGUUGGGGAUGGACCGAGAAUUUACAAGGCUGAGGUCACAGCACCCGAGCAUUCCACCAUCUUUGUCUGGCCGGAGAAAAUCCUUUUUGUUAAGAAGUACGAGAAGCAGAGCUACAAUUUGACAAUAAAGUACAUGAAGGAAAAGAAUGGCACAGUCAAAUUUGGUUCGCUUGUUUGGGUUGAGGAGAAUGGAAAUCAUACAGUGAGGAGUCCUAUUGUGGUAUCACCAUUUGAUGAUGAUUUGUUGUAGUCCAAGCUUUAGAA